GCAGGUUCACGCCAGCGGCAUUCAGCGCAUGCGCCGACACCUGUUUUUGUCUUUCUUAACGAGUUUUAGGCUAAUCAACAUUUCAUACAUUUCAUGUGGAUUUUCCAAAAAUUUGUGAUAAAAUUGAGUUGGGUUAACGUUAUAUUUUAAACUUUAAGCUAAAACGAACUUUGCUUUGAACGCAUGUAGAGAUUCACGUUGUAAGUACUACACGGACAUGUGGCCUGGGUUACCUAAUGGUUGGAGCGCACUUUACUAGCGCAGGGAUUACUGCGAAACGUUUCUUGUUCUCCGAGGAGACUCGGUCCACAGGUUGAAGGGGACGCGGAUGUGUUUGCUGUGGGUUUCUCUGGUUGUCCUGCGCCAUGGGGAUCCUGUACUCAGAGCCCAUUUGUCAAGCAGCUUACAAUGAUGACAUCCACCAAGUUCAUCAGCUAGUCAAGGAAGAUGACAAGAAUUUGAAUGUUCAAGAUGAAAUAUAUGGAGACACACCAAUCAUAGCAGCCUGUAGAAGUGGAAGCCUCAAGACUGUCAAAUACCUUUUACAUCAAAAUGCUGACGUAUCUGUAAGAAACAAGAAAGAAAGGACUUGCUUGCACUAUGUUGCCAAAAGGAGGUUCUCUUUCUUGGAUUACCUUAUGAUUAUUAUUCUCAUGCCCAUCCUGUUGAUCGGAUACCUCAUAAUGAUAGAGAAGCAGAAGGCGCACGUCAGCCUGAUGAAGUCUGUCUUAAGCAGCAAGGUGGAAGUUGAUGCUGUUGAUUACAAAGGAAACACUGCACUUCACUAUGCCUGCCAGAGUAAAAGCCAUCAAAUUAUUCCACUCUUACUGGAGAAAAAUGCAGAUAUUUCAAUCAAGAACAAAAAUGAUGAAUCACCAAUGGAUGUUGCAGAAAGGCUAAAUUUCAGAAAGGUUAUUGCAAUGUUGAAGAAAACAAAAUAAGAGCAUUGCUUAUUUUAGGAAUGUUUUUUUGUUCUCACAUGGUAUCCAGUUGUGUGAUGAGCCAAUAUAUGAUUAAUAUAAUAUGGAAAUAUGAUAAACAGUAACUAAUGUUUGUUAUUGUUUUGAAUGGUAAGAGAACACAAAUGUUUGUUUUUUUAUUUUGGAAAAAUUAUGAAAAGGAAUUUUGUUUUACAGUAUUAAAUAGACUGGUACUCUGCCAUUAAGGGACAGCUGAGCAAAGUCCUCGAGUUUGGACAACAAUGUGAUUCCUUAAUUCUUGUUUGAUUAUGAUUUUGUUUAUCUGCAGUAAAUAAUUAAUGUGAAAUGUAAAAUAAAAUAAAAAAUCUUCUGAAAAAGACUUUUUUCUCUGUAAACAAACUGCAAGUAAAGCUACAUUCCGAUAAACGGAUGUAUUGUUUAAAAUUAAUUAUUAAUUCAUAUAUCUCAAUAUAUACACACACAGUUUCUAAACCACUAAUCCUUCUGGGUCACAUGGGGUGCUGGAGCCUAUUCUAGCAGUCUUUGGGCAGAAUGGAGGAAGCACCCAGGACAGGUCGGCAGGCCAUCAUAGGGCAGACACGUACAAUCACACACACGUUCACACCUAGGGGCAAUUUAACAUAUCCAAUUGGCCUGACUGCAUGUGGGAGGAAACCGGAGCAUCCAGAGGAAGCCCACACAGACACAGAGAACUCCACUCAGAAAGGAUCCUGGUCACCUGGCCGGGGAACCGAACCCAGGCCGUUCUUGCUGUGAGCGCCAUUGUGCUGCCCCAAUAGCUCAAUAAUACAUUUAAAAUAAAUUAAUAAUUCAUAAUGAUAACUAUAUUUUGUACAUACUGCAUAUAGGAGUUUCUUUGCUUCAUUUGCAUAUUUCUCUGCAUUUCUGCCACACGUUGAAAACAGGUGGUUACUAAUAAGCACAUACCCUUGCAGUUUUGAUAGAUAAACACUGACUAUAGAAUGGGUCAUACUGAAGAGCUCAGUGACUUUAAACAUGGCACUGUCAUAGGAUAGCACCUCUGGCACAAGUCAGUUUAUGAAAUUUCUGUCCUGCUAGAUCUGCCCUGUCAACUGUAAGUGCUAUUAUUGUGAAAUUAAAACAUCUAGGAGCAACAACAGCUUAGCCAUGAAGCGUUGCAACCAAAAACCAUCAGAUCAUGAUUUCAAGUUUCAAAUUUAUACUGCUCAUGUCUGACAGUCUAGCAUUUCUACAGUGACAAGAUGCCCAAAUAGCAUUAAUGCAUCCUGAUUGUUGGCUUAGGAGAGAGGAUAUGUGUUUGGUCCCUUUGAUGCAUAUCAUGAGCAUUCACUUCUGCUCUGUUUACGUCAAUACACAGACAGUUUAAACUGUCAUCUGAUGUGUAAAAGCAAAUCACUUCAAUCAAUUAUUUAAACUCUUCUACCCCUGGCCACAUUUUGUUGAUUUUUGAUGUGAAAUGUAGUAAACAGAGACUCUGUUGUGAACUACUUUAAAAAUAACAUUUGUAUGUAACAAGUGUAUGCAUGCUAAAAAACAGAAUAGUAUUUGUGGCAUGUGCAAAAAUGUGGACAGUUCUGCAACAUUCUUGGAGCGUCUUGCAUGCACAGCAUGUGUAAACUAUACCCACAGAUGGAAAAUCGAGAGAAACAUAGGUACUGUGGGAUGUUAUGUUGAUGUCUGUGUAUGUUAUCCUGCGGUGAUAGUGUUGAGUCAAUUGAAUAUAAUAAUCUACUUUUCUUAAGUAAAGUUUUCAAUAAAGCAUUUUAAAGCUUGUUUUUAAAGCAAAGUUUAAAUGCAUGCUAAAAAAUAGAAUAGUAAUUGUGGCAUGUGCAAAAAUUUGGACCGUUCUGCAACAUUCUUGGAACAUGUUGUAUGGACAGCAUGUGUAAACUAUACCCACAGAUUUUCAAAGGUGUUUAAGUCCAGGGACAGUGAGGGCCAUAUCAGAUCCUUCAGCUGGUGUUUCUUGUAGCAGUUCAUUAUGGAUUUUGUUUUGGGUUUUGGGUAUGUUUUAGAUCAUUGUCCACUUGUAGAAGCCAGCCUCUUUUCAGCUUCAGUUUCUUGACUGACUGUCACAUUUGACCAGAAUUUGCUCAUAUUUAGUGGAAUCCAUUCUUCCGUCUACUCAGGCAGCGUUUUCUGUGCUGCCACACAAUCCUAAAGCUUAACUUUUAGUGAUUGUGGCUUAACAGUUUUAUUUUUACUUCAUCAGUCCAUAGCACUUGUUUCCAAAAUGCCUCUGGUUUAUCUAGAUGUUGUCUUGCAUACUUCAUACUUUGACAUGAAACCAGGUAACAUUUCCUUCUGAUGACUCCUCCAUGGAAAUCAUGUUUGUGCACGCAACGCUGCACAGUAGAAUGUUGCAUCACCACUAGUGUCAGCUGCAGUUCUAUCUGAGACUUUUCUUGGUCUUCCAGAUCUUGCUCUAAUGCUAACCGGGUUUUUUGUUUGUUUGUUUUUGAGGAACAUGCAUCUUUUUUUCUUCUGUGUUGAACACCCAUUAAACCGGAGAGUAAUUCCUGAGAAGUUUGUGCAUCUAGCAUCAAUACUUCAUGCAUAAUGACUGUUUGUACGUUUUUCAUAGUGCUAAUUUAAGGUAAAAAAAAAGCCUUUAUAUCUCAGAAACUAAUGAAGAUACAAGCCUACAGUUGUCUACUGGGGCACUUUUAUGUCAUUCCUUGAAUUUCUUAAGCAUGUCUGAGUCAGUAUCUUUUUCUAAAAUCUGGUUGUUUGAGUCAUCCAAAGUGUUGAAAAUGAACACUUAAGUUCUGCUCAGCAUCGGAGCUAUUGUAAUGUCUUUUGUUUUGUUUUUUCAGAAUGAUGAAUCACCAAUGGAUGUUGCAGAAAGGCUAAAUUUCAGAAAGGUUAUUGCAAUGUUGAAGAAAAAAUAAGAGCAUUGCUUAUUUUAGGAAUGUUUUUUGUUCUCACAUGGUAUCCAGUUGUGUGAUGAGCCAAUAUAUGAUUAAUAUAAUAUGGAAAUAUGAUAAACAGUAACUAAUGUUUGUUAUUGUUUUGAAUGGUAAGAGAACACAAAUGUUUGUUUUUUUAUUUUGGAAAAAUUAUGAAAAGGAAUUUUGUUUUACAGUAUUAAAUAGACUGGUACUCUGCCAUUAAGGGACAGCUGAGCAAAGUCCUCGAGUUUGGACAACAAUGUGAUUCCUUAAUUCUUGUUUGAUUAUGAUUUUGUUUAUCUGCAGUAAAUAAUUAAUGUGAAAUGUAAAAUAAAAUAAAAAAUCUUCUGAAAAA